CUGAAGCAGUCAUCUGGAAGAUGUACAAACAAGAAAGCUUUCCCCUGGUCACUAUAGUUUCACUUGGCGCCUGAAAACAGCACACUCUCUGAAGGGGAAUCUCACGUAACUUUACAUCAUUCCCGUUUACAUAGAAUGGCACAGACUGUUUUUUUUUCCCUCCCCCCACCCCCCUCCUCAUUGUAGGAUUCCGAACCGGCUAGAUCAAGCAUUUUUGUCAUUCCUCUAGGAUCUGGGAAGGAUUCUGACGUGGGAACAAAAGGCAAAGUAGGACUUUGGUCCAGUGUAUGUGUCAAUUAGGAUCAGCGCAGGGGUUUACCGUGUGGCCACCAGGCAGUGGAAGGAGAACAAUGAAUGGAAAACGUGCACAGAGGAUGCAGCCGCCACUGAACACGGGAGCUCAGACUGUGUUCUCUCUGCUUUCCUGGCUAGAUCACCGCCCAUGAAUUCGUGGCCAAAACCUCCCCGGAUAGAAAAAAAAAAACAGGUAUGGGCGAGCGUGCCCGCCGCUAACGCUUCCGACCUUUAUUGCACAUGUAACCGUGGGAUGCCAAGAAAGGCGCAAAAGAGGACAGCAGAACCAUGCUGAAGAAUUACCACCUGGUCUACAUUGGCCUGGAGCUGGCGAUCGCCUGUCUGGCCGUGGCCGGGAAUAUCCUGGUGUGCUGGGCCGUGUGUCUCAAUUCCAACCUGCAGAGCAUCACUAACUUGUUUGUGGUGUCGCUGGCGGCGGCCGACAUUGCUGUGGGCCUGCUGGCCAUCCCUUUCGCCAUCACUAUCAGUACUGGCUUUUGCGCCGACUUCCACGGAUGCCUUUUCAUCGCUUGCUUCGUCCUGGUGUUGACCCAGAGCUCAAUCUUUAGCCUGCUGGCCAUCGCCGUGGACCGCUACAUCGCGAUCAAGAACCCGCUCAGGUAUAACAGCCUGGUAACUAGCCAGAGGGCAAAAGGUAUCAUUGCAUUUUGCUGGCUCCUCUCAGUUGCCAUCGGUCUGACCCCAAUGCUGGGCUGGAAUAAAGGAUGGAACUCCACCACCGCUUCCACCAGCAGUUGUCCCGAAGGCUUGACCGAGUGCCUCUUUGAGGGAGUGGUUACACUGGACUACAUGAUCUACUUUAACUUCUUUGGCUGCGUGCUGCUGCCCCUGGUGGUCAUGCUGGUGGUCUACGCUCAUAUCUUCAUGGCUGCCCGGCGCCAGCUCCGUCUGAUGGGCCUCAAAAAGGUGGCCCCAGCUCCCUCUCGCGCUGAAAAAGAAUCGUCUUCGUUUCGCUCCACCCUUCAUAAGGAGGUGCACGCUGCCAAAUCUCUCGCCAUCAUCGUGGGCCUGUUUGCUUUUUGUUGGCUCCCCGUGCACAUCAUCAACUGUUUCAACUACCUGUGUGACAGCUGCCAACGUCCACACAUCUGGGUGAUGAACAUCGCCAUCAUCCUGUCCCACGCCAACUCCGUCGUCAACCCCUUCAUCUACGCCUAUCGCAUCCGAGAGUUCCGACAGACGUUUCGGAGAAUUCUCCACCAGCACAUUCUCGGCCAGAGGGACAACCGCUGCCUCUGGGUCGGGAGCGGCGAUGGCCGAGACACGAGGAGCAGCAGCAUCAAGCGGACUUCCUCGCGCAUCAGUAAAGAUGAUUCGUCGUGCGGCACCGUGGUCAACAGCUACGUCCUCGACUCCAGCCAGUGGACGUCGACGUUGGGCACUCUACCAAACAGUUGCAUACCCAAUGGAAACCUAACAACACAGCAGUCGGAAGGGACCAACAGUGAGGAAGUGAGAGACAUUGGAAGCGCUAUUUCCUUUGUCAAUGUUCAAGCUCUCUCCUACAUACAGACCCACUCGACGGAAUUGACAGAAGUGUCAUAGACACAACACAACACGUCUUAUCUAAUGCAGACGAUACAAAUAUUGGGACUGGAAAUAAAGGAAAUAGGAUUUAUGCAUUCCAGGGCAAUACCGCAGCCAUCAUGAAAAACACAUCAGAGGCAACAUCAUCAUGAAGGACUUUUGAGACUUUCCCAUUUCAUCAAAAAUCUGAGGGUUUUCUAUUGAACUUCAUAUUCAUUCAUGUGAUGUUGUUAGAAAUACAUACCAGCAUGUACUUUUUGUCAAAUAAAUGAACUGCAAGCAGAUAAUGUACAUGCCAACGG